AUGGUACCGUCAGAAUAUGGACAGGACGGUUCUUUCGCGACGUAUACCCAUACAGACGACCCACCUUCAUCGCCAUCGGCCGUGAUGUCCCAAGAGACGGUCCCCGAUUCCGCCUACGGAGAUCGACCUGGCCAGGCUGCUCUGACGGAUCGUACGAUGGGAUCAUUUCCGGCUCACAAUGCCGUUCAGGGCGAAAACAAUUCCACCGAUUCUGCUUUGACGCAAAUCUCUCUUGGCGACGGUUUUGCUCCAUACAACUCCCCGGUCAUGCAGCAUUUUCGCUGGUUGUACCACGACGAUGACAGCUUUAAAGCGUGCCGAGACCAGGUAACACAAGGAAGUACUCAGAAUCCAGCCUCUGCGCAAACAGGCGGCGAAUCUUCUCCCAUUCCAACGGCUGGAAACGCCGCUGACAUCACCAAACAAAACCUCCCCCGUGGUGAUGGCCACGUCUCCUCAGCGUCAGUCCAAACGGGUAAUGGUGACCACCAUGACAUGCUGGUGGGCCAGGACCAGGAAAACGGUCCUCCUUCAAGCAGCACAGGAACGACAGAGCUACUCCGGCAGGCAAAAGUCCGGCCGGUCAAGAUUUGCGAUCAGUGUUACAGACGAAGGAUCAGAUGUAGUGGUGAGCUCAUGGACGUCGGCGAGUAUGGACGUAUGAGUACAGCCCAGGCGCGCAGGCGCUACAUCACAGACGCAGUCGACACACGACGUCAGAUUGUCUAG